AUGCCAAGUUCACAGGAAGGAAUCUUUCGUGUUCCUGGUGACAUUGGACAACAACUCAGUUUCCGAACUGAAAUUACGGACUAUUAUACUUUAGACGCUGUCGACGAUCUGCAUGUUCUCCUGUUGUUGAUGAAACUCUCAUUGCGCGAGCUCUGCGAUCCCCUUGUCCCAAGUGAAAUGUACAACGAAUGUACUCAUUCAGCAUUCUAG